ACCAACAUCGUGGAGUCGCUAUGUUCUUUCCUUUUCCUCUCCUCUCCUCUCUUCUCUUCAUAAAUUUAAUAUAAGACAGAUUUUUCCUAAUAAUUUUUGGAGACCGAUUUCUUUAUAUACAGCUUUCACAUCGCAGAGUUGGAAUAGCGGGGAUAGGGAUUGAGAUCUUGGAUUGCGACGAUGGUUGGCGUUCUGGCUCUUGCGAUCUUGGGGGUAACAGCGUACUUGACGCUGAAGGUGGUGCGGAAUUUCCUGCUCAAUCUGGAGCGCGCGAAGAAGUCAGGCCUGCCGUAUGUUAUUGGGCUCUUCCCUCCGACGGGAUUCGUCUGGAUUGGUCUAGGAGAAAUUAUCGGGAUACCACUCAGCAGGAUACCCUAUGCCAGAGAGUGGUCAUGGCUCCAGAUCAUCCACCUCCAAGGCUCAUGGCGGGUACUGCGAAAAUUAGAGGAGAAAUUGGGGGAUACAUUUCUGCUCGUCAACCCGCUGAAGCUUUACAUGAAGACCUCGAACGCCGAGCUCGCAACGCAGAUCACCGCGCGCCGCACCGAGUUCACGAAACCGACCGAGGGGUACGACCUCGUUGACAUAUUCGGGAAAUCCAUACUCACACAAGAAGGGCAGGAGUGGCGCCGACACAGGAAGAUUGUAGGGCCGAGCUUCUCGGAGAAGAGUAAUCGGCUUGUGUUUGAGGAGUCGCUGAGGCAGACGGAGGGCAUGAUCGGUCUGUGGGCCACGCAGGGAACGAACACGACGGCGGAAUUGAGGGUUGUGAAUACGCCUGAAGACGCGGCGACUCUGAGUCUGCAUGUUAUCUGUGCGGCGGGCUUUGGGGUCCCGCAGGUCUGGCCAAAUCAGACGGAGGAGAUUUUGGACCAGAAGGGGUUGCAGGCUUUCAGCAAAUUUAAGCUGACGGGCGAACAUACCUUGUCGUUUAAAGAUGCCUUGAUCUCAUUGUUGAAGCACCUUUUGUGGUUUGUGCUGUUCAGCCCGUCGGUGUUGAAAUCGUCUCCACUCAAGGUCCACCAAACAACAUACAAGGCAUUCAACGAAUGUAAAAUGUACUUUGAAGAGCUUUUCGACCUCAAGAAGCAACAAAUCGAUCUUGGAGAAUCUGAGGAAGGGACAAUGGAUCUGAUGGGACCAAUGAUAAAGGCCAACUAUGAAUCCUCCGCCACCGAUUCCAAGACUGGUGAUGCACCAAGUACAACACUUACCAAAAAGGAAAUUCUCGGAAACGCCUUCAUCUUCCUUUUUGCGGGGCACGAGACAACAGCAAACAGCAUCCACUACAGCAUCGUCUUCCUCGCCAUCCACCUCUCAAAACAACGCCACUUACAAGCCGACAUCGACAGCAUCGUCGGCUCCAAGCCCAUCUCAGAAUGGAGCUACUACGACGACAUGCCCCGCCUCUUUAACACCAUGCCUGGAGCCGUGAUCCACGAGGAGUUGCGCCUCAUCCCCGCGAUUCUGAAUGUGCCGAAGGGGACGAAGGGCGAUCAAGUAGUGACGAUAGAUGGCCGACAGUUCAUGGUGCCGGAUCGGACGUUCGUUCAUUUGAAUAUCGUGGGCACGCACAGGAAUCCACGGUACUGGCCUGAGAAACCGAAUGAGUUUUUGCCUGAGCGGUGGUUGUCUUCCCAAUCCACCCAGAGCUCCACCACAAUCAUAGACAAAAAGGAGGAGGGCGUCGGAAAGGAAGUCACUGGUGCUGAUGGAUUGGAAAAGGCUUCAUUCGAGACUUCUGGCUCGACGAGUCUUGUUAAACCUGUGAAAGGGAGUUACAUCCCUUUUUCUGAAGGUGCAAGAGCAUGUCCAGGGAAGAGAUUCGCGCAGGUUGAGGGAACGGCGGUUCUUUCUGCGCUAUUUCAUAGAUAUAGUGUGGAGCUGGAUGUAAGUGAGUGGGCGAGUGAUGAGGAGGUUGAAGGGAUGGGGAGGGAGGAGAAGAGGAAGGUGUAUGCGAAGGCGGUGGAGAAGGCGGAGAUGAUUAUUCGGAGGAGCGAGCAGAUAAUUACCGUGCAGAUGUUGCCGGGCGAUAGAGUGCCGUUGAGGUUUGUGCAGAGGGGGAAGGAGAGGUUUGGGGAUUUGUGACGUGGGCGCGUGGGGGAGACGUGAGAUGUGUACUUCUACGGCACAUGAAUAACAAAGUCUGCAGAUGAGAAUUGGAUAUAAUUUCCUCGGCAG